CAUUAGCCCUAGAUACUUGUGCCAUGGUCUCUGGAAUUGCAUCAUCUCUCGCCGGAGCAUUGUGUGCUCCAGUGUGUCAAUAUGCUGUGGACAAGCUGGCCAAUGGUGUCAUUAAUCAUCUCUCCAAAGACAAAUCAUCAUCAUCAUCAUCAUCAAACCAUGAGAACGAUAAUCAACAAGUGUUGUAUGCCAUGGUGAAAGAACUGCAAGAUGUGAGUCAGAAAAUCAAGGUAACUCUUCGUGUGGCCAAGUUAUUGCGCAAUCAAAAUGAGAGUAUGCUGUAUUUCUGCAAACAACUCAAAGAUGCACUUUAUGAAGCAGAGGACAUUGCUGAUGACUUUGAGUAUCUCAAGCUGGAAGCACAAGUGGAGAAGAUGAAUAAUGAUUAUGAAGCUACUGCCUCAAUUCACCUGUCUAAAGCAUAAAAGCCUCGGAUUUCACCUACAAAGCCAUUGGAGCUGCAAGAUGACACCAUGAUUACUAAUAUAAGAGUGGUUAUUGGAAAAUUAAAUUGUAUUAAUGAUGAUCUCAGUUCUGUUAUUAGCAUGGCAAGGGUUUUUAUGGAGUUGGGAAAGAAAGAUGAUGAUAACUUUGGGGUGGUGCUGCAACAUUCAAAUCAAAAUCCAAGAGUGACUACAUCUUCAGUUAAUGUGAGUAAAAUUUGUGGCCGAGAUAGAGAACUACAGAUACUGACAAAAUUACUUAAAGAACAAGGAACCAGUGUUGAGUGCAAUGUAAAUGUCAUCCCAAUAGUUGGGAUGGGUGGGAUUGGCAAGACAACUCUGACUCAACAUGCAUUCAAUGAUGAACAAAUUGCAAAAUUUUUUGAUGAAAAGGUGUGGAUUUGUGUGUCAGAUGAUUUCAAUCGGUUAAAGAUUCUUCAAGACAUGGUGUGCUCUCUUACUGUUUCUAAAUCUGAAAAAUUCGCUCACAACAGAAACUUGGACCUUUUAGAAGGUGAACUCAAAAGAAAUUUACAAGGGAAAAGUUUGUUAUUGGUGUUGGAUGACGUGUGGUCUUCAGAAUGGGAAAAACUCCUCAUCCCUCUGCAAUUUUCUCAAAUGAGGCUGGCAAAAAUUGUGGUAACAACCAGAGAAUCAAAAUUAUUGAGAAAGCAAGAUGAAAAAAAUAAAAUUGUGCUACAAGGUUUAGAGGAUGAUGACUUCUGGGAAUUUUUUGUUUGUUGUGCAUUUGGUGGUUCAGAGGCUGAUGAACGUCAAAGUUUGCAAAUUAUAGGUAGGCAGAUUGUAAAGAAAUUGAAGGGAUCACCUCUUGCGGCAAAGACAGUAGGAAGGCUAUUACAACAGAACAUGAGCAAUGAGCAUUGGAUGGAUGUGUUGAGGAGCAACUUAUGGGAAUUAGGAACUAGUGCAGAUGAUAUUAUGCCAGGUCUAGCACUAAGUUAUAAUCAUCUACCUGAGCAUCUCCAACAAUGUUUUGUUUUUUGUUCUACAUUUCCCAAAGAUUAUAAAUUUAUGGCGGUUGAUUUAAUAGAAAUGUGGAUCGCACAAGGUUAUGUUGUUGAAUCAGAAACUAGUUCAAAAACAGUGGAAGAGAUUGGACAUGCUUAUUUUAAUGAACUGCUAUCUAGAUCGUUUUUUGAAAAGAGUUAUUUCUCAAUGUACACAAUCCAUGACUUAUUGCAUGAUUUGGCACAAUCAGUUUGCUUGGGUGAGUGUGUUGUUUACCACGGUCAAACUAUAAAAGAGAAGGCUAGUAUUCGUCAUUUGUGUUUGCAAAGCAUAGUCAACCUAAGAUCGAUAUGUAACAUUGAGAGCUUGCGGACACUUGUGGUAUCCAAAGGUGAACUACGCCAAGAAGAUUAUGAAACUCUGAAAAGCAUCCGAGUAUUGAUCUUUCUUGAUUCUCAAGCACAAAACUGCUCAUAUAGUACUGGUCAUCUAAGACACUUGCGUUAUUUGGAAAUAUCUGAACCUAGCAUCAACUUGUUUGAUGAAUCACUAUGUAAGCUUUACCAUCUAAGAGUGUUACCAGAUUUGGAUGUAUUCCCUGAAAAUUUGCAUAAUCUCAUAAAUCUUAGAACUUUGAAUUCAGACACAUAUCGUAUGUACACUAAAUUUGAUCAACACAUAUUGAUGAGAUUUGCUCGGUGGACAAAGAGGCAGUAUAUGAUAUCACAAUUGAGAAACAUGAAAGAACUAAGAGGAGUCCUUUGUCUAAACGACCUUGAGAAAAUUGAGAAUAGGGAGGAAGCUGAGAAAGCCAAUAUAAAGGAAAAGUGCCACCUUGAGGUCCUUAUCUUAAGUUGGAAUGAUUCCAAUUCAUGUAACAGCUUUGCCACUGCACAUGAAGUGCUUGAAGCCCUAGAACCAAAUCCAAAUCUUAAACAUCUUUACGUAAGGGGAUACAAGGGUUACACAAGUCCUAGCUGGUUUAUGCCAUUUACAGUUCAUAAUCUACGAAUCUUAGAGUUAAUGAAUUGUAGAAGCAAGCUAUAUCUUCAAUCAAUUGGCCAACUUACAUUCCUCUUACGACUGCGCUUAUAUAGAGUGGAUGUUAGAAUUGAUAUUAGUGAUGAAGUGACCAUACUAUUCUCACCGAGAGAAGCCUGGAAAUUGUGA